CUUGCUUCUUCUUCCUUCCAUUUCUCGUCUUCUCUGCUUACACGAGACAUCAACAUUCACAGAAGACCGAAUCAAAGCCAGCAAAGGAGACAACCUACGAGCUGUCUUUUGAUCAAGAACACUUCUCCCUGAAACAAGGGCUUCUCUGUUGGUUUGUGAAGGCGGUGGGGUUGAGGGUGUGUGUGUGUGUUUGAAAUGGUUGGGAAAGAAAACCUCAAGACCGAGGACUUGAACUUGUGCUUUGAGAAGCUGAUGAUGAUCGGCGGUGGGGAAGUGAAAAUUGACGGGAGGGUUAUAACUGAUUGGAAGGAUAUUCCGAUGGAGCUCCUGCUGCAGAUUCUGACACUUGUGGAUGAUCGGACGGUGAUCAUAGCUUCUGGUGUCUGUCGCGGUUGGAGAGAUGCUAUUUGCUUGGGACUCACUCGGCUCUCCCUCUCAUGGUGUAACAAGAACUUGAACAACUUGGUCUUAUCUCUUGCUCCGAAGUUUACAAGGUUGCAAACUCUAAUACUACGUCAGGAUAAACCUCAACUUGAAGAUAAUGCUGUUCAGAGCAUAGCAAACUUCUUUCGUGAUCUGCAGGUCUUGGACCUUAGCAAAAGCUUCAAGCUCACUGACCGCUCCCUGUAUGCCUUAGCUCAUGGCUGUCCUAAUCUUACAAGACUCAACAUCAGCGGUUGUUCUGCAUUCAGUGACAUUGCUCUUGAAUAUCUGGUUGGCUUUUGCCCAAAAAUGAAAGUUCUGAACCUCUGUGGAUGUUCCAGGGCUGCAUCAGAUAGGGCAUUGCAGGCUAUCGGCCGUAACUGCAGUGAAUUGCAGUGUCUGAAUCUUGGUUGGUGUGAGGAAGUCGGUGAUGUAGGAGUUAUGAGUUUGGCAUAUGGAUGCCCUGACCUCAGAAUUGUUGACUUGUGUGGCUGUGUCCAAAUAACAGAUGACAGUGUGGUUGCUUUGGCAAACAGAUGUCCUCGUCUGAGAUCCCUCGGCCUUUACUAUUGUCAAAACAUUACAGACAAGGCAAUGUAUUCUUUAGCCCAGAGUCUAGUGAAAAACAAGCCUGCAGCAAUGUGGGAAUCCAGGAAAAGCAGGAGUGAUGAAGAAGGGCUUAAGACUCUCAAUAUCAGCCAGUGCACAGCCCUUACCCCUUCUGCUGUUCAGGCAGUUUGUGACUCCUUUCCAUCACUUCAUACCUGCUCUGGGAGGCACUCCCUCAUCAUGAGUGGCUGUUUGAACUUGACAUCCGUGCAUUGUGCGUGUGCUGUUCAGGCUCACCGCACUGCUACUGCCUUUGCUCAUUCAGCUCAUUGAAUUGAGUGAGGACAGGAGAAAAACUCUGAGUGUUCUCGAGAGGCUGAAACUCUUGAGUCGCGGUACAUAAGCUGUUUAUAUUGAGAUGUAAAAGAUUGGCUGCAAAUGGGCAGCAGCCGUUUAAACCGCUUUUGACUAUGCAUUGUAACUUGGUAAGGCAGGUCAGUUUCUAACUGUUGCUAGUGUCCAAAUGAAACAGGCCGGUGAAUCUAGGUACAUGUUCAGCUAUCUUUCAAUCCAUCCUGAACUGUUCAUUCAUCCAUAGCUGAAUUUCCCUGUACUCCAGCCUCCUUUAAUAGGUGAACAGUUGAAUACAACUAAUCAUGCGAGGUUGGAUAGUUGGAAUCUC